UAAAGAGAAAGGAAAAAAGAGAGAAAUAAAAAUCAGAAAUGGAUCCUCGUCUAUGGCACAAAGUCGCUGCUCUCUCUGGUGUAGCAGCUCUGGGAUUGGGAAGCUACGGCGCCCAUGGUUUCAAGCCGAAGAACCCUUCUUACAAGGAGGUAUGGCACACAGCAUCUCUGUAUCAUUUGGUUCACACUGCAGCACUGCUUGCUGCUCCUAUAACAUCCCGCCCUAAUAUUUUUGGAGGGCUUUUGACUACUGGAAUCGUCACAUUUUCCGGAACGUGUUAUGCGGUUGCGUAUCUUGAAGACAGGACGUAUUCAAGAUUGGCCCCUAUUGGAGGAUUCGCCUUCAUUGGUGCUUGGGCAAGCUUACUCUUCUGAUUGUUUAUUUCAACUUCAAUAACAAAACAAGUUUUAAUUGCUAUAUAUAUAUUUGCCAAAUUGAUUCUGCAACUCUACUAAGGUGGUAUACUAUUUGUAGUUAUAAACCUUUUUGUUAAUAAAUUCCAUCUUUACUCUAUCCAAUUCUUGGUAAUUUGUGAACUUAUUUGGUAAUUUCUUGCUAAAGAAAGA